AUGAGUUCUGGCUUUGCUAAUCGAAGGAAGCCCCGCAAGAUCGGCGGAGCCGAGGAGGACAACGAUGAAGGUGAACAAGAUUCUGGACCAAUUGUGAAAAGACCGGUGAAUUCAAAAACGAAGCAAAAAUCCAAAUCGCGCCUUUCAUUCGGGGCCGGCGAGACUUCAAUGACAGAGGAUGGUGAGGAUGAAAGCGAGGUUAUCGUCCCCAAGAAACAAGGCUUGGGUAGGCGCGUGCUUGAAAAGAACGUAUUUCAAAGAUCGAUGACCCCAUCGGGGUCGAAUACGCAGCUUCCGCUGCGAGUCGGGCCCGAACAAGAUCGACCAAGUUAUAAUGAGGACUACCUGAAUGAACUUCGAAACCAGACGGCUUCAGCACCGAAGCCUACAGCCGACGGUAUGAAUGGCAAUGAGGUGGACGUGACGGCAAAAUUUGGUGAAGUUAUGAAAGUUACUGCUCCCUCGGCGAUCCCUACCGAGGCCGAAAUCAGAGAGAAGAAGGCUCGACGGGCAAGACUAGCAAAGGAACACGACAGUCAUACGCUCACGGAACAGGACUACAUUUCGCUCGAGGAGAAUGCAGAAGAUGAAUGGGAAGUGGCGGACAGGGAGAAUCACAAGGAUACGAGGCUGGAGCGAGACGACGAAGACUUUGCGGAAGGGUUCGACGAGUACGUUGAGGAUGGGCGCAUAUCCCUAGGGAAGAAGGCAGAACGCGAACAAAAAAAGAAGCAGCGCGAAACAAUGCGCGAGCUGAUUGAGGAUGCUGAGGCACUUUCGGAUGAGGAAGACUCGGACCUGGAGGAGAAAGCAGCUUAUGAAGCAGCACAAACAAGAGCCGCAAUGGGUUAUGGCAAAGACCCCGUGGAUCGACCAAAGACACCCCCGAAGAUGACAUCGCUCCCACGUCUCUCAACAUGCCUGGACCGAUUGCGGACGAACCUUGUCGUUCUAGAGAAAUCCAGGUCACAAAUGAUCAACCGCAUGGAGGAGCUGAGAAAGGAAAAAGCCGAUAUAUCUGUUAGAGAAGUCGAGAUACAGGCUUUGAUCAAAGAGACUGGAGAUCACUACGAAAAGCUCAAACAGGAAGCCGGUGUCACUCCGGGAUCCGAGGUUGCCACUCCUGCAACCACCGAUCUCGAGAGCUCGCGAGGAUUAGAAAAUAUUGGGACGUCCAUGAUAUCCAAACCAAACUCGGAAAGUGAAUCAUGA